CCCAAAAGUCGCUGCCAUGACCACGCAAAGUUCUGAGCUAAAUGGUGUUACUAACUCAUCUUCCGUCUGGGGUGACUUCGUAGACUCAGAUGGCGAGUGUGACGUCGAAGAUGCGUGCAAACCAAUCAACCGAUAUGAGGAGGGACUCUACCUUCCCAUCUGCAUCGGUGAAGUUAUCGCGGGCAGAUAUCGAAUUGAGCACAAGCUAGGUCAUGGCGGAUUCUCAACUGUCUAGCUGGCCUACGACAUGCACAAGAGAAAGGACGUCGCCCUCAAAAUCAUGACAGCCGACCCCGGGGGCGAGCGAGAGUUCCUUAGGCAGAAUGAGAUCAUCAGUUGUGUGCCAGACACGUCACGUCUCUUGAUAUACCAUGACACGUUCUUGUUGCCCGGCGCCGCCAGAAAUCCCCAUCGAGUCCUUGUUUUCCCCCUCAAGGGCCCCAAUCUGAGAGAUUACGCCCGGGAGACGUCUACAAUUGUUCGGAGAUCAGCUGCCAAGCAGCUGCUCCAAGCACUCAAGACACUGCAUGAUGGUGGAAUGGUACCUGUCGGAUACUGCGCGCCUGAGCGUAUGCACCAGAUAAAUCCGACUUUCGCAUCUGAUAUGUGGAGCUACAUGUGUAUCUUUACUGAGCUUUACCUCAAGUGGCCUCUCUUCGGCCCUGGCUUCUUCGGUGGUGGAUUUCGCUUUGUGGCUGAACUUUUUGUCAGAGUGCUGGGCCCUCUGCCUCUCUCGUGGAAAGGCUCAUACGACGGCGAUGGAGAACCAGAUGAGAGCUGGUACGAUCAGAGUAAAGUCUCGGAACCAGAAAUGUCUUUGGAAUCAAGAGUCACUCAAUCUCGGGAUACUGUUGAGCCUGCUGAGCAACAGCUGGUGCUCUCUAUACUACGACGGGGUUUUUCUUAUUUGCUUGAGGAACGGUUGAGUGCAGGAGAACUUCUGGAAGAUGCCUCAUUCAAGGCGCUUAUGGACAGCGACAUAGCGGCGCUCGUGAUACACGGCCAUUUAAAUGGACCCUGCUAA